GUUGUACAAUCUCGAGUUAAAAAGUCGCCAAUUCUGGUUCUUUCGGAUACCGCCUUCCUGUACCAAUCUCAUCUUCAUUUCCAGUCAAUUUUUUACUAUUAUUUUGAAGACCCAAACACACAAACACAGCUAAUAUAUAGGGCUAUGAUAUUGUUGUAAAUCGCACCACCAAACCCAUGAUCCCUUUCAUGUCUUCUGCAAAAUCUCAUCUUCUUUCACCUAUCAAGAACUUCAUCCAUGCUGAUUUCCAUGGAGUCUUUCAAAGAAUGACACUGACAGACAAAGUUCUCUUCCUGAACGUUCACGGCGUUGACAAGUCAGGCAUCGGGUGGCACCGUCUGCCGGUUUUCUUGGGACUGUCGUACUUGGCUAUACGCCGGCGUCUUCAUGACAAGUAUAAUUUAGUCAACGUUGGGAAAACUCCUGUGGGUGUUCGGUUCAAUGCUGCUGACUUUCCGUUCAGAACAGCCGAUGGAAAGUUCACUGAUCCUUUCAAUGAAGGUGCCGGUGGUGAAGGAAGUUUUUUUGGCCGGAACAUGCCUCCUGUUGAUCAGAAAGAUAAGCUAUUAAAGCCAGACCCCAUGGUGGUGGCUACAAAACUUCUAGCACGCAAGCAGUUUAUAGAUACCGGAAAACAAUUCAACAUGAUUGCUGCUUCAUGGAUUCAGUUCAUGAUUCAUGAUUGGAUUAACCACCUUGAAUCAACACAACAGAUCGAACUUAAUGCACCUAGAGAAGUAGUUGGUCAAUGCCCUCUAAAAUCCUUCAAAUUCUACAAGACGAAAGAAUUUGAUACUGGUCUCAGUGAUAUCAAGAAAGGUCAUCAUAACACCAGAACUCCUUGGUGGGACGGGAGUGUAAUAUAUGGAAACAAUUUGAGAGAAUUGUGGCAAGUGAGAACAUUCAAAGAUGGAAAGCUAAAGAUAGCAAAAGAUGGUCUCCUCCAACAUGACAACAAUGGAUUGGCCAUAGCAGGUGAUAUCCGUAACAACUGGAUUGGUGUUUCAACUUUGCAAGCCCUUUUUAUCCAAGAACACAAUGCUAUUUGUGACACGUUAAAGAAAGAAUAUCAUGAUUUGGAUGAUGAACAUUUGUAUCGUCACGCAAGACUAGUGACUUCUGCGGUGAUUGCCAAGAUCCACACCAUUGAUUGGACCAUUGAACUUCUGAAAACGGACACGCUUGCUGCCGCAAUGAGAAUUAAUUGGCAUGGUGUGUUGGGGAAGAGAUUCAAGGAGACAGUUGGGCAUGUUGGAGGAGCUGUUUUGGGAGGUCUUGUAGGGUUAAAGAAACCUAAUAACCAUGGGGUACCCUACUCAUUAACGGAAGAGUUUACAAGUGUUUACAGAAUGCAUUCGCUUUUACCUGAUCAGCUUUUCAUUAGGGAUGUGAAUUCAAAGCUAGGACCUAAUAAGUCUCCAAGAUUGAGCAAAAAGGUUGACAUGAUAAAUUUAAUUGGGAAGAACGGAGAGACGGAAUUGUCGGAAAUUGGAUUCAUAACACAAAUGGUAUCAAUGGGUCAUCAAGCAUGCGGUGCACUUGAGCUAUGGAAUUAUCCGAUGUGGCUUAGGGAUAUUGUUCCCCAAAACAUGGAUGGCACAGAUCGGGUCGAUCAUGUUGACUUACCCUCACUUGAGAUUUAUAGGGACAGGGAACGGAAUGUAGCAAGAUACAAUGAGUUCCGUAGAUCACUUUUGUUGAUCCCCAUCUCCAAAUGGGAAGAUCUAACGGAUGAUAUAGAAGCUAUUGACACAUUGCGUGAAGUAUACAAUGAUGACAUUGAACAACUCGAUCUGUUGGUAGGAAUGGCGGCUGAGAAAAAAAUCAAGGGAUUCGCCAUAAGUGAAACAGCCUUCAUAAUAUUUGUAACCAUGGCAUCAAGGAGACUUGAGGCAGACCGAUUUUUCACUAGUGAUUACAAUGAAGAGGUGUAUACAAAAAAAGGGCUUGAAUGGAUUAACACAACAGAGAGUUUAAAAGAUGUGCUGAAUCGACAUUAUCCAGAGAUGACUGAUACUUGGAUGAACUCAACAAGUGCUUUUUCCGUGUGGGAUGCUUCACCAGAACCUCGUAAUCAUGUACCCUUAUAUUUCCGUGUUCCUAAGUAACACACUCACUCUUCAAUCUUCAUGUUCCAUUCCAUUGCAUGUAUGUAUAAUAUAAUAUUACUCUAGUUUUUAUUUCUUGAAAAAUAACACGAGUGUAGUGUUUGUGUGGGUUUAAAGUUUGAAUAAAGUAAAUGUAGUCAUAAUUGGUGAAUGGAAUAUCAAUAUACCAAACUUUUGGCUGUGUAGUAACUAGUAAGUAUGAAAUAAAACUGCAAAGACAAGAAAACUAAUUAACCUAACAAACAAAGAGUAGUAGUUAAAUAUCUACACUGGAAAUCCUCUUCUUCUUCUUCUUCUUCUUCUACGAUGGUCACUCUCUUUCUCUCUCUCUCUCUCUCUCU